GCAUCACAGAUGAGAGACUUUUUAAAACUACGACACUUUAGUAUUUUGGAUUGUGUUGACGUUUAAUUAAGUGCAAAUAAGAGUGAAGAUGGCACAGAAGGAGGGGACCGUCGCAGGGGACAACUCGGGGGCCAAAGGCGUCCCCGUCGGCCCCGCGCCGGGGACCGUCGGGGGCGGCGUGGUGGUGGCCGUCCGCGAGAAGAAGGGAACCCUGAGGGCCGCCAUACCCACAAUGCCUUUCCCUCUGGCGGUCGUCUGCCUCUUCCUCAACACGUUCAUACCCGGACUAGGUACCUUCAUCUCAGCCUUCACGGUGCUGUGCGGCGCCCGCAGCGAGCUGGCGGCCGAGCGCGGCGUCUGUUGCGUCUUUUGGCUCAACGUGGCGGCGGCGCUCAUCCAGGUGGCGACGGCCGUCAUCAUGGUGGGCUGGAUCAUGAGCAUCUUCUGGGGCAUGGACAUGGUCAUCCUCGCAAGCUACAGAGAUCAGGACGUCCCGCAGGACGUCUGA